AUGCUGUCUCUGCUACUGGUGCUUUAUGCGGUUUGGCUGUUUCUAGCCGGUCAUUUCACUCAAGCCACGGAUGAUCCAUAUACGAUUAUCAAUCGUAUCGAUGAGGGGGAUUCGGUCAUCGCAGUCGUACAUUAUAAUGGAAUUCUCUUUUUAUUGUACGACCAAACGAUAAUCGGAGCUGAAUUCAACGACCCGGAGAUACGUAAUCAAGCGGCUUUUCCAGGCUUUGCUAUUAUGCAAUGUGCUGCUUAUUUACACGAGAAACCUACUCGAGCAAUGCAAAUUGGACUCGGCAUUGGAACGAUUCCCAGUUUUUUACGCAAAAUGGAUAUCCCAACAGAUGUGGUGGAAAUUAGUGAAGCGGUUGUAAAUCAAGCAACGGACUAUUUCCAGUAUCAAUUAUGCCAAGAAGAAGAGAAGAAUCAAGAGUUUGAAGAAGAAAAAGAAGAAGAAGAAGAAGAGUUUGAAGAUGAAGAAGAAGAAGAAGAAGAGUGUUUUAAUGGACGGACGUUUGUAAUGGAUGGAUUGAAAUUCAUAGCGAGUAAACCAGUGGAUCUUGGGAUCCAAACGGAUGACAAUCAACAGCCCUACGAUCUCGUUAUUGUGGACGUCUACACGGGCUCGAAUCCUUUUGAAUUUUUUGUUCGGGAAGAAAUGCUGCGUAUUCGUGACAAUUGGUUGAGACAAGAGGGAGUUUUGGUCAUGAAUUUUGUUGGAUACAUGCAAGGGUUUCGUACUGCCGCUCCUAAAUCCAUCUAUCGGACGCUACAGAGUGUGUUUAAAUACGUGAAAAGUUUUCGGGAAAUGGAAGACGAGCCGGAUGAGACGGAAGCAGCAAACAUUGUUUUCUAUGCUUCGGACAAACCUUUCAGCUUUGAUCUACCGACCACGCAAAUGUACGAGAAUCCUGAAAGAAAUACUUACUACAGGGUGGUCAAACACUUUCCGGAAUGGGAGAUUUUUACCGAGCUAAAGGCUGAAGUGGAAGUCGCAAUUCAUCAGGAGAAUGACGAUGAAGACGUGCGCUUUGUGGAGAACGAUGAAAAGUCCACGACUGAUGGUCGCACUGCUGCGAUACGCGUGCUAACUGAGGCUGAUCACGGCCAGGAAGAUUUCCGUGAGAUUCACACUGACACGCAGGCCCAUAUGCGUGAGCGUGUUCUGGACCAAUUUCCUUCAGCACUUUGGGAGGACCUCAAGCAGAAGCCAGACAGCACCACUAGCGAGUAG